AUCAAGAAGCUUCGAAAAUGCUCCUGAAGCGGUUAACCACAGCAUUCCUUUGCUGUGCCAUCUUGCAGAUCCUUGCUGUGGUAGCAGUGCCUUUCGGUGGCGCGGCUGAAGAUACUAGCUCUCCAACGCUCAAUCAACAAAAUUGCGGCCAACGAAAUUAUCAAGGGAAGCUUCCUAUCGAUAGCAGAUUGUACGAACAUCCGUGGUUAGCGCGAUUCGGUUACAACAGAAACGGCAAUGUGACCUACCUUUUCCAAGGAGCCCUAAUACACGAACUGUUUGUAGUGACCACGGUGUUCGCUACCAAAUUUACCGAUUACGGUCAAUUAGCAUUCGUCCGUUUGGGUGAAUUCCAUAGCACCACUGAUCCUGAUUGCCAGAUAAUCAAAGCUGGAGACAGGGAAACAUGCGCACCACCAACACAGGACAUCGCCGUCGAUGUAACCAUCGUUCAUCCGGGGUACGAUUCGUACGAACAGGUCAACAAUAUUGCCCUCGUGCAGCUGAGCGAACGGGCAAAAAUUACUCCACCAUCGGUGCUACCGAUAUGCAUUAAUCAAGAUGUAGAACCAGAAGCCGCCUUGCUGCUAGUUGCUUCGUGGUGUGGUCGACGAGAAACAGGUCUCUCUGAGAUUCCAAAGCAGUACAUUAUGGUUCCCAAAAAUCCCAGACAGUGCAGAGAUCUUCUGAAAGGAUACUCGUUGAAGCAAGAUGAUAAUAUGUUCUGUGUGGUACUCGAUUCGCGCUACAAACCAAUCAAUGCCAGUAUCCCGGAACCAAACCUGCGAGGAAGUACUGGUGCACCGGUGGUUACUACGCAAUUUGAAGAUCGAAUCCAUCUCGUUGGUCUGCUAUCGUACGGUCCAAGGUAUCCGGCAAAGUUCGAGGAGCCUUACAUUAUAACGUCCGUUGCUCCAUACUACGAUUGGAUGCUUAGCACGAUCGAGACAGUGAUCGCCCGAUUUGGGGAGAAAGCAUAACCACGCUUGCAAAACUUAUCGUUAUCUCGCUGUUGUUGGUCGUCCAGAGGUCAUCGAGAGCGGUGAAUUCCCCCGAUUAAAGCCCGUUGGCAUUUUGAUUAAUGUGAUAGAUUGUUUUAUUGAGACUUUAUGCCCAGAACAACCGUUUGCUCGAUCCAAGCAAUGUGAGAAGUAACGUUCAAAUAUACAUGCGAUAUUUUGUAAUCGUCA